CGCAAUGUUGAAGACAUAUAAUGACGACAGGCCAUCACAGUUGCCCGGAUAAUAGGAGACACAAUCCGCUUGAUCACGGAUGGCCCUUGCAAAAGCCUCCGAAAACUCGAGGAGCCAACUACAUGCAGCAAACGCGCCAAGCAUCUCUUUCAGAUGUGAUAUCCAGCUCAGCCGUUGGCGUCAAGCCUAAUCCGGAAUCCAUGGCGCGAUUACAGCAGGUAAAUACGAACACAUGGCUCUUCAUACAAUUGCACUUCCGGUUGCAGCUUGACAACACGAAAAAGCCCGUUACUAGACAUGCCAGUCCGCGCGCGCGAGUUCCGUCUAGAAGAUCAGCGACACUGGCAUCAUCUCGGUCCAGGCUUUUUGGGAAGGGUAAGACUGUCUGUCCUGCGGCCGUGACGCGCUGGUUCGAUCGCUACAUGCGCGGGCUUGCGCAACCUCAAAUCGGACAUGACAUUACUAAGAAUGCCGUUCUAUCCGAUUUAAGACAGAUUAGAGGUGUCUCACACCUGUUCCAGUGUCGUCGCAAUGCCACAAUACUUCCAGCUAGCGCCCGAAAGCCCGAUGGGGGACCUUCGAUCUAUCUACUUCGUCCACAUGGCCAACGGGGCCCGCAAUUCAAACACAUCGUCUACCAAGACAACAUGAGCCCAUUGUUCGAAAACCAUAGAAAGAAGUGAGACACAAUUGGAGAAAUGGAAACACUCUGUUCGAACUCGACACCACUCGAUGAAAUUUUGAAUCACUUUCGGAUAAUCCCAUCCAGCCAUCAUUUAUGAGAGGACUUGAGAAAUCAACGGCUGGGACUUGGACAGGAAUCAGACAGCCUUGCAAUAAAGCGAUCAACGAAAUCGUAAAAACCGAAUUCGUCGCCGUUUUGUAUAGAUAGCUACGAGGCCGAGGUCCCUGCCUUUCAAGAAUAUGUUUGAUAGUGUGCUUUUGUUGCGAGGUGGAAUGCCAUCUUGUACACCUUUUUGAAUACACUUACCCGCA